CCAUUGUGUCACCCUUGAGCGCUCCACGUUCAUCACCACGACCACCGCACGCCGUGCGCGUACACAUGUGCGCGCCGCCGUUCCUGCGGAAUUCAGGAGGCUGUGAUCGGACUCCGAAAGGCUCCCAUCUAGAAAAUAAUGAACAACAAAUUUGACGCUCUGAAAGAUGAUGACAGUGGAGACCACGACCAGGACCAAGGCACACAGAAAGACAGUGAGAAGGAAAAAACUGAAGACGAGGACAAGGAACAGAAUAUCUCCAAGAAGAAGAUGGUGGUGCCAGGUGCAGGAGAGCACCCUCUUCAAUACAACUACACCUUCUGGUACUCCAGACGCACCCCGGGUAGACCAGCCAGUACUCAGAGCUACGAACAGAACAUUAAGCAGAUUGGCAGCUUCGCCUCGGUGGAGCAGUUCUGGCGUUUCUAUAGUCACAUGAUCCGGCCAGGUGACCUGACGGGCCAUAGCGACUUCCACCUCUUCAAGGAGGGUAUAAAACCAAUGUGGGAGGAUGAUGCCAAUAAAAUGGGUGGAAAGUGGAUUAUCCGUCUGAGAAAAGGCCUGGCGUCUCGGUGCUGGGAGAACCUGAUCCUGGCCAUGCUCGGGGAGCAGUUCAUGGUGGGAGAGGAGAUCUGCGGGGCUGUGGUGUCAGUACGCUUCCAGGAGGACAUCAUCUCCAUCUGGAACAAAACCGCUAGCGACCAGGCGACCACAGCCCGCAUCAGAGACACCCUGCGCAGAGUCCUCAACCUGCCUCCCAACACCAUCAUGGAGUACAAGACUCACACAGACAGCAUUAAGUAUAGCCUGGGAAGACUUCCAUGGUCUGGUGAAUGCUAGCGGUGGACGUUAGCCCCUCACACAGAGAACUUCUGCAAGGUGUUGUGCAGGUGUGUGUUUAUGUGAUGGUGGAUGGCGAGUCCAGAAAAGGAUACGUUUACAUGGAUUGGCACUGUAUAGUAUGAAGACAGGAACAGAGGCAAGAAGACCAUUCCUUCUUAGUAUCAAAAUGAAAAUGAACAGAAGAGCCUGUCAACAGAACGCUGAACCAAGCCGAAGAGAGAAAAAUGCGUUAUUUUCAAUCGACCAGAGAAAAACAAAGCCUCCAUUUUUUUUUUCCUUUUUAAUGCAAGUUGUAACAUCCGUUAGCUUGCCACCAGAGGGAGGUUAUGUGACUGGUAUUUGCUGAUCAGUUCAUUGGGUGUCAACAAAGUGUACUUGACAAAAUACAACAAAACCAAUCUUAUAGUAUUAGAUCUGAUUUUAUUGCCUAACAUAACAUCACACUUAAUGCUGUUUGUGUUGAUCUGUUUUAUUGGGACUCAAACAGGGUUGCAGGUAGAUGUUAUUUUAUUACAGUGCUGUAUUUUAACUACAUUGCCUCUGGUCAUUUCGAACUAGAAUAAUUACUAUUGUGUAUGAUAUAUUUGUACAUACAGUCCAUUUCAAAGAUCACUUAACUGAAUCGACAAUGAUUCUCCAUCUUUGAUCUGGAAUUUGAAUCCCAAAGGAUGAGGACCAUCCUGUGCUGGGCAGAAGGUUGUAUAACCGGCAUCUUAAGAAUGGACUGCCAAGCUGCCUAAAUCACUGUGCCUGGCCUCGAGCCCGACCCAAACCAGUUUUCCCUUCUGUUUUGUUUUUACCCCACCUUUAAAGAAUCCAAGGGAUGGGUUUUGCUUUAAUGUCCUCAACAGAUGUGCAUAGGAGUUCUGAAAUACUGAUCUUCACUCAGUCAAAGAAAUGACACUGGGCCCAAGGUCAGGGUCUGUUACAAUUUUUCUUAAUUCUUUGGAAGGGGUAUAUUUUGUUUGGAAAAAAAAAAGCAUCUAUAGUUUGUUGAAAAACUGUUAUGCUGCCCAUGUUUGGUGGUGUGAUGAUGAGUGUUUAUCAAAAGUGAAGAAAUUCUGCUGGAUUCACACCUGAUGGAUUAUAGCAAUAAAUGUCAAAUAUGCAUCUGCUGCUAAA